AAACAUUUAGACAUGGCAUCAUGAUGGAGCUGGGACUCCAGCGCUGAUUUGUUAAAAGCAAGAAGAGCUCAAGGUGUAAGCAGAAGAAGAGCACACACUGUGGACUCUGGGCGUCCUCCGGUGCAGAUGGGUGAGACGGAGGACGAGCGUACGGCUCAGGCCGGCCAGCUCUUUGAGAACUUCGUCCAGGCGUCCACCUGCAAAGGGACUCUGCAGGCCUUCAGUAUUCUCUGCAGACAGCUGGAGCUGGAUCCUCUGGACUACAGAAACUUCUACAGCUCGCUGAAGGCAGCGGUCAGCACCUGGAAGGUCAAAGCCUUGUGGACUAAACUGGACAAAAGGGCCGAGCAGAAGGUCUACAACCAGAAUAAAGCCUGCCUGGGCACAAGGUGUCUGAUCAUCGGCGGGGGUCCCUGCGGUCUGCGGUCGGCCAUCGAGUUGGCCCUGCUGGGCUGUAAAGUGGUGGUGAUCGAGAAGAGAGACACCUUCUCCAGAAACAACGUGCUCCAUCUCUGGCCCUACACCAUCCACGACCUCAGGGCGCUCGGUGCCAAGAAGUUCUACGGCAAGUUCUGCGCUGGCUCCAUCGACCACAUCAGUAUCCGCCAGCUGCAGCUGAUGCUGCUGAAAGUGAGCCUGAUCCUGGGAGUGGAGAUCCACGUCAAUGUGGAAUUUCUCAAACUGGUGGAGCCUCCAGAGGAGCAAACUGAUGACAGUCCGGGGUGGCGAGCGGAGAUCCAGCCCUCCAACCACCCUGUUUCAGACUUCGAGUUCGACGUGGUGAUCGGAGCCGACGGGCGCAAAAGCACUCUGGAUGGUUUCACUCGCAAGGAGUUUCGAGGGAAGCUAGCCAUCGCCAUCACGGCUAACUUCGUCAACAGGAACACCACAGCAGAGGCCAAAGUGGAAGAGAUCAGUGGCGUGGCCUUCAUCUUCAACCAGAAGUUCUUCCUUGAACUCAAAGAUGAGACGGGCAUUGACUUGGAAAACAUCGUUUACUACAAGGACAACACCCACUACUUUGUGAUGACGGCGAAAAAGCAGAGCCUUCUGGACAAAAGGGUCAUCAUAAAUGACUACAUAGAAACAGAGCGACUGCUGGCCUAUGAUAACGUCAACCAGGAAGCGUUGCUUUCUUACGCCCGUGAGGCCGCUGACUUCGGCACCAACUACCAGCUGCCGUCGCUGGACUACGCCAUCAACCACUACGGGCAACCGGACGUGGCCAUGUUCGACUUCACCUGCAUGUACGCCUCAGAGAACGCCGCCCUGAUCAGGGAGAAACAUGGACACCAGCUGCUGGUCGCGCUGGUGGGAGACAGCCUUCUGGAGCCCUUCUGGCCGAUGGGAACGGGUUGUGCUCGGGGUUUUCUGGCUGCGUUCGACACCGUUUGGAUGGUGCGGGGCUGGGCUCAGGGGAGGAACUCCCUGGAGGUGCUGGCAGAGAGGGAGAGUAUUUACCGCCUGCUGCCUCAGACCACACCGGAGAACAUCAGUAAAAACUUUGAACAGUACACCAUCGAUCCCGCCACCCGUUACCCCAACCUGAACUCCAGCUGUGUCCGUCCUCACCAGGUGCGUCACCUGUUCAUCGACGGUCAGCAGAACUCAAGUUGGAUUGAAAAAGGAGUGCCGGCUCGAAGAUCAACCAACCUGUGUAGAAAAGAGUCCGAGGUCCGACCCGGCCGCCUGCUGACCUGGUGUCAGAGGCAGACCCGGGGGUACCGGGGGGUGGAUGUCGCCAACCUCACGUCCUCCUGGAGGAACGGCCUGGCCCUGUGUGCACUCAUCCACGGACAGAGGCCUGAGCUGAUUGACUUUGACUCUCUGAACGAAGGGGAUGUGGCGGGGAACAACCAGCUGGCGUUUGAUGUGGCCGAGCGAGAGUUCAACAUCCAGCCGGUGACCACAGGAAAGGAGAUGGCUGCCAGCACUGAGCCGGACAAGCUGCUGAUGGUCCUCUACCUCUCCAAGUUCUUCGAAGCCUUCAGGAAGUCGUCGCCGAACAGCAGCGUGGCUAAAGAAGCAGAUGAAAAUGGGGAAGAAUAUCCAUCUAAAAGCAGCUGCAAGCUGCUGAACCUGCCGCAGCCCAGGAAGAGGAUACCCAGGGAUGAGAAGAAACCAGAGGAUGAUUCUGUUAAUAAGAGACGACGGAGGGGGAGCAACUACCUCACUGAGCUGUCCUGCCACAGUGCGCCUCCUGCUGGUGAGGACGGGGAGUUACGGGAGAACAAGGUGCGCUUCAUGGCCACCCAGCUGCUGGCCAAGUUUGAAGAGAACUCCUCAACAGCAAAUAUACACACCAAGUCUGAGAACCCGUCCAGUCCGUCCUCUUCUCCUCCUCUGUCUCCUUCCACCACCCCGACAUUCUCAGAUGAAGAAGAGGAGAAUCCCCGUUUUGCCAAACCCAAAGAUUCACCCUCUCCUCCUCCUCCUCCUCCUCCUCCCCCUCGCCCCAGGUGGCAGCCUUCUGUUUACCUUCGUUUACUGGAGAACCCCGGCGCAGUGGUUCAGCAAACCUCCUGCUUCUCUCCUCCUGACUCGUCUCACAGCCUCAGUCGCGCUCCCUCACCUCUGCGCUCUAAAAGCCCGUUAGGUGCUCCAGACUCCCCGACUCGUUUCUCUGCUUCCGCUCCGGACGGCGAUCCGUCCUCUGACGUGUCCGAGCGGCAGAGCAAAAACCCAAAGCUGUCGGCUGGAGAGUUUUCCAGGAGGAGCAUAAAGGAGAGAGCUGUCCUCAUCUCCUCCAUGUUUCACGGGUCCACUUCCAAAGCUAACUAUCCGAGGGGUGAACUAUCUGCCUCCUCUUCUCCAUCACCACCACCUCCUCCUCCUCCUCCUCUUCUGUCUAAGAGCUCCAGCCCAUACCCUGCGGUCCACCCUGUCCCUGACCCCACCAUCCAGACUGGUUUCUCUCCUGAACAUAAAGACAAGAUCCCCUCGUUCUCUCCUCCGUCUUACACCGACUCUGAAAAAACUGAGCAAACCUCUCCUCUCUGCGCCGAUUCCUCCCCGUCCAACAGCGACCCUCCUCCUCUUGUCUCCUCAUCUCACACCCAUGAGAGUCGGAACGGCUCCGCUUAUCACGACAGCGAGGGGAUAAACGAGGGUUCGCUGAGUGAGCUGGAACAUGAGAAAGCUCAUGGAAAUGCUCAGGAGUUGUUUCAGAAUAAAACUUUAGCUGUCAAAGAUUACUUGAAGUGUUCUGGGAGCUGUGACGACCUGUGCGCCCGAAGAAACGCCCCUAAGUCAGUGGUCCGCUCUGAGAGUUGUCCCUCUGCAGCUCCUGGUUACAGUAAAGAGCGCACAAUUGGAAAGGUUUCCUCAGCCAUCGAUGCUAAAGCUCAGGUUCUGGCCAUCCUUUAUGAGACAGACCACAGGCCCGGUGCCCCACCGUGUGUGGGACGUAAGGAGCUGCCUCCCGGGCUCGGCGGCAGCGACGUCUGCCACUUCUGCUCCAAGAGGGUCUACGUGAUGGAGCGGCUCAGCGCCGAAGGCUACUUCUUCCACCGCGGCUGCUUCCGCUGUCAUGUCUGUAACUGCACCCUUCGUCUGGGAGGCCACGCCUUCCACUCGCAGGAGGCCAAAUUCUACUGCAAGAUGCAUUUUUCCCAGCGCCAGUCCAGCUCUCACCUGGGCGGUGUUCGAAGGGAAACGGAUGACCAAAGCCACAUAAAACCCUCUCCUCUGGACAGCCGGAUGUUUCCCUCCACGGGCCGAGUCCAACCCGCAGGCGAGACCACCAGCCUGCGGUCUGAGGGUCAGAGGAUGUUUCCCGAGGACAUGGAGCUGGCUGUCGACGCUCUGGAAACUUCCUGCAUAGUUGGACCUGCGAAGGAAGAAGAUGCUGCAGCCAAAGGUCAAAUCCUGGACGGCACCAGAGGUCUCUGUAACGUCAAACAGAAUAAUCGAUGGAAAAGAAAGAUCCGCACCGCGCUCCCUGUGAUCUUAGUCAAACACUUUCACACUGAGCCGAACAAACAGAGACCAGAGACCGUCCCUGAAGUCGACUGUGAGGAAACCGUUUCCACAGAGGCCAAAGGUAUUUCUAAACCAUCAACAGACACCAGGAAUCGUUGGAAGGGAAGUGAGAAAAGUUCUGAUCCCUCAGCUGCAGAGAAGUCGGCCUCCAACAGGAAGCGGUUAACGUUGACCCAGGCCGACAAGGAGAAGCUUCUGAACUGGGACGAGGGGCUGACACCAGAGGAGCGUGCCUUCAGCAGCACGAGCGUGCGUCAGGAGCAGGUUCAAGCAGAGGCAGAUAAGCUCCAGACGAACUCCGGCCAAAACCAAACAGCAUCCCAGAGCCAAGCCCCCGCGUCCUCGGCCUCUGCCUUCCAGGCUCUGUCCAGCGUCUUCAGGAGAACGUUUAGUGGGAGCGCUCGCUCCAGCAGCCCCAGCACGUCCGUCGUAAUGAGAAGCAAACGUGACGGCUCCCGCAAACGCAGGCCCGUGUCUGAGGGAGCGUUCUGCCCCGUGGCUCCGGAGUCCUCCGCAGAGGGGAGGAGGAGGACCGGCGUGCACGGCGUCCGCUGGGCGUCCGUGAGCUCGGACCCGUGGGGGGCGGGGCAGGACCUCCCUUCCUUACUGCAGCAGGUGUCCCUGAAGGGCCGCAGGGAAUCCGAGGGGUCGUUCGUGGACGACGUGGGCUCGCUGUCCCCGAACAGUGUGGACUUGUUUUCAAGCAUUCGCAUCAGGAAGAGGGCGGGGUCAACGGGUGGCGGCGACGAGCAGGAGGCUCAGAAAGAAAUCAGAACGGUCCUGUCCAACCUGAGGAACAAAGCCUCCAGUCAGCAGAGUCUUGAGGAUUUGUCCUCGAGUGAUGACGACUACGAGGACCUGACGUCCAGUCACAUGCUUUUUUCAGACAGACUAAAGGAAAGGCAGGAAAAGAUGGCCGCCCUGCAGGCAAAACGAGAGCAGCUGAAGAGACUUCACAGAGCUCAGGCCAUUCAGAGACAACUGGAGGAAGUUGAGGAGAAACAGAGGGAUCUGGAGGAGAGGGGCGUGACGAUAGAAAAGAUCCUGAGAGGAGAAGACGCUCCUGAGACCGAGGACCGCGACGAGGCCCAGCUCUACCAGGCCUGGUUUCAGCUGGUUCUGGAGAAGAACAGACUGGCACGCUACGAGUCAGAGCUCAUGAUCUUUGCUCAGGAGCUGGCGUUAGAGGACACCCAGAGCCGGCUGCAGCAGGAUCUGAGGCGCCGGAUGUCAGUUGAAGACUCGGAGAAGAGUGCCUCUGACCUGCGGAAGGAGCAGGAGAUCCUGGCAGAGAUGAUGAGGACGGUGGAGAAGAGGGACAUGCUGGUGUCCAUCCUGGAGGAGCAGAGGCUGAGGGAGAAGGCCGAGGACCGGGACCUGGAGAGUCUGAUCUUGUCUAAAGGCUACGAGUUUCGCUGGGCUGACAACGAUGACCUCUGGGGCUCGGAGAAGCUGGAGUGAGACCUGGUUAUGGGAUAAAUCUUGUGCCAGCAGGAAUUUAAUCUGAAUUGCUCAGAUUGAAUCUGAAUGUGCGUCAUUUGAAACU